UUGUAGAACAACGGGGAACGGGGACGACGGAAGGGCAGAUAAAUAUAUAAUUAGAGAUGAAAUAAGGUGCAGGAGGGGCUGGAUUUCUUUGCAAAUACAUACAAAUACAUUUGCCUUGAUCAGAGUGAUACAAUGCAUGGAGGUGAUGGGAUCCGUGGAUUAGUAGGUGUUCAUUUCCCAUUGGCGAUGACUUGACCUUGACCGUGUCCCCCACAUUCAGCCCCAGGAGUUGUUGUUUUUUUUCUAAUGGAAAAGUCACAUGGAUGGAGUGCCCAGUGCCCUCACUCUGUAUUAUAUAUAUACAUUAAUUCAUUUUAACAAGGAGCUGGAGCACAGCAAGGGAGAGAAACGCAGGCAGCCUUGAGCCAAACCCUAUGAUGACUUGGGCUUCUUCUUUUUGGAUAGCAAUGUGGUCCCUUCUGCGGGGUUGGCUUCUUGUCCUCUUCUGGACAGCUGGAGGUCUUCCCUCGGCAUUUGCACAGCCAGGAAGCUCAGCUACAGAAGGAUGUGAAAGCAUAGAGUGCUCCAUCAGUUAUGAAGCCCACAGCUUUGGUGCCUGGUAUAUCUGGCCUUGCCUGUCUCUGCUCCUUGCUGUGGUUCUCCUGUGCCUGGUCGCCUGCUGUCUCCAAUGGUGGCUGAAAAGGCAAGGGUUCCUUCCAUCUUCUCGGAAUCCCAAUGUGUUUGUUCUCAGUGACACCGAAUCAGUCUACGAGAAUGAUGCAGCCCCUUGGAUGCCACCCAAGAUCCCUCUCCGCCUCCCGGGCUGUGAGCCGAGCACUACAAAUCCCAGCUGCAACAUGGCCCCUCCGUCCUAUGAUGAGAUUAUGAAGCGAGACUCGAACUCGGGACCCGGGCAGGAGGCAGCAGUGGCAGCCUUGGAUUGACCUCAGUGGGAAGCCUACAUUGAAUGAAUACUAUUAGUCUCUCUCUCUGCCUUAUCUCCCAGACAAGGCUACAGCAAGGUCUUGAAUUCUUCCAACGGAGCAAUCACUUCCUACUAAUAUAAUAAAGCAAUACUCUUCCAACAAA